AUGAUGGCGGCAGUUGUCAACACAGGGCCCGUUGGGGAUGAAGAAUGGAUGGUUUUGCGAGCCAGGGGGUAUGCCAAGUCAGAUCCAUGGACGGCAAAGGCAUGGAUGAUAACUGCUAGAAGCUUGUUUCCGCAGAAUUUCUCAAUACAGUUUGAAGCGUAUUCUAUGGAAAAAUCCUCCAGAAAUGUGAAAGAAGCGGCCAAACUUUUGGAACAAAUGUUUGUGUCUUUUCCUGAUGAGCCAGUGCUAUGGAAGGAAGUACAGACCACACUGGAAGCCAUGCAGACAGAAGCCAAAGAUGCAAAAAAUGAAUUCCUAACUGAUAUAUUUGCAAGUAUUCCCACUCAGGUCCAGUGUCAAAUGCUGCUGCGAGUUGCCAACACUAUCAACAACACAAUAGAGCAAUGCAGACUCCUCUUACUGGCCAUGAAGAAGUUCCCGAGCCUGGUCAAUGAGCACGGGCUGAAGCUUUUGGAGACUUUGUUGACUGCAGAACGACACUCAAAUCCCCAGACAUCAGUGAAUUGCUAUCGUAAACUGUUAGUGUGUGAUGUUCUUCCCAUGGUGCUCAGUAAGACCAAAGCUGAGGUUCCUCAGAAGCAACUUUACAAGUGGCUACAGAAGGCUAUAGAGUUCUACAUCAGCUACGUCACCAUGCCUCCACCUCCUGCCUCCAGUCCUGGUGAACUAGGCAGCCCAGAACUGCACGCUAUGGGGAAAAAACAUGGCGGGAAGAAGUGGGCAUCAAUUGCAGGGCUGAGUGACAAGGAAAGUCAGGUGUCUGAUCCAUGGGGUGCGCUGUUCCAGUUACUGCUGCUGCUUGGCCAGAAGAUUGGCUGGGAUGUAGAGGCUAACUUCUUCUCUAAUACCAGGGACUACCAGUGGCAGUAUAUUGUGAGUCUCUACAACAGAGACAGACAGACUGAAGCAGGAACCUACCACAAGCAGAUUCUCUACAUGACUGUUGUUCUCUUUGUCGAGUGUCUCUUCAACUACGUCAGUUCCGUUGACCCAGAACUGUUUGCUCAAGGGGGCGCUAAUUCUGGCCCUCUGGUGCUACUAGAGGCUAUCAAAGGAGCAACCACUGAACUCACAACUGAACCACGGCCUAAGAAACUGCGGCCUUCAGAAAACCCACAUCUCCCCCAGAUCCAGCCUAGCCCCCUUCUGUCUGCAGGGAAGGACAUCGUGCAGAACUUUGUAACAGCCCUCAAGUGUUAUGAGCUGUUACACUCAUCAGAACAUCUGAGAAUGGAGUUCGUGAAGAUCUACCAGAGUUGGAUGAUGGAGAUCUGGCGAUGGAUGGGGCAGUUCCAGACGGACAUGUUUAUCUACCAGGGCGCCUUCCAGGAAGCCAUUGGCCAUUUACAGAACUUUGGGAUAUCAACAAAGGGAAGUGUGAGGAUGCGAAAUCACCUACAACUUGCCUGCUGUCACUACUGCAUGGGAAACCAUUCAAAAUCCUGUGAACUGAUCCUGGAAGUAGUGUCGGUGCUGCCCUCUACUGAGGACAAAGGAGACAACUCUGUGAAACCGCUGCUGCCUGGUCCAGAUGGCUGUCGUCAAUUGUACUUGUCUACAUGUACUGAGAUUGAGCUCCUACCUUACUCCAUACAACUGCUCACCACAUGCUUUAAGGAAAAAGCCUUCUCUUCCACAAAAGAUGACAAUGCCAUGGGUCACAUGAUUGUAUUGCUACAGUAUGGUUGGCCAAAGCAAGAGCCUCUGUUCAGCCAGGCGGUGAGGAAACUCCAAGCUGACGGAGCAUUCAGUUACUCCCUCUUCUUCACCUACAUCAUCAAUGUUGAUAUUUUAGAAGAAGUUGCAUUCAUGAAGACGGCUGAAGGAGGGAAAGUAAAUCUGGACAUUUUGCCGACAAGUGCAAAGUUGAUAGCUCAACAACGGACGGUGACCAGGGGAGUUAACAAAGGAGUGAAGGAGGACUUCCGGGUAACGAUGGAGAAGCAGGUGAGAAGAGCUGACGAGUGCGUGGAGGAACUCAUCAGGAAGUUCCUGGUAGAGGAGAGAGAGGUUUUGCUGCAGACAUUAUAACAGCAUGAGGCAACCAUCAGAGCUGCCACGACAUUACGGUUCCUGAUAGAGUAGAGAGAGGUUCUGCAGCAGACAUUAUGAUAACAGCCUUGGGCAGCCAUCAGAGCUGCCACGACAUCACGGUUCCUGAUAGAGUAGAGAGAGGUUCUGCUGCAGACAUUAUGAUAACAGCCCAGGGCAGCCAUCAGAGCUGCCACGACAUUACGGUUCCUGAUAGAGUAGAGAGAGGUUCUGCUGCAGACAUUAUAACAGCCUGGGGCAGCCACCAGUGCUGUCAAGAAGUUACGGUUCCUGGUAGAGGAGAGAGAGGUUCUGCUGCAGACAUUAUGAUAACAGCCCAGGGCAGCCACCAGAACUGUCACGACAUUACGGUUUUUGGUGGAGAAGAGAGAGGUUCUGCUGCAGACAUUAUAACAGCCCAGGGCAGCCACCAGAACUGUCACGACAUAACGGUUCCUGUUAGAGAAGAGAAAGGUUCUGCUAGAGACAUUAUGAUAACAGGCUGGGGCAGCCAUCAGAGCUGUCACGACAUUACGGUUCCUGGCAGAGGAGAGAGAGGUUCUGCUACAGACAUGAUGAUAACAGCCCGGGGCAAUCAUCAGAGCUGUCAAGACAUGACUGUUCCUUACUGCCAACUUUAUGAUAACAUCUUGCGACAACCGUCAGGUCUGCCAAGACAUUACAGUUCUGGAUGUCAUUGAAUUAAAUGUCAGUUGAAUAAUUACAAUUUUCAGAUGGACAAAUGAAUGUUUUUUGAGUUGUGCAGUAUAUUGGAAUAUUUCACUGAAUGAUAGAGAGAUAGUAAGAAAUUACACGAAAGUGAUGGUGACCAGUUUAACCACAGGCCACUUAGUGAUAUACCCAGAAAGAUUAUUAACAUAUGCCUUUUUAUGAAGCCUUUGUGAUAAUGCUUGUGUGGCCAUAUGUGCAGUCUACGAAUUUUUAGCCAAAAUUGGUAAGCGGAAAUCCAAUCAAUUUUUGGCUAUUAUUUUAGAAUAACCCAAAUAAUUACUCCUUACAAGAAACCAGCCUCGUGUGUGCUUUUGUUACCGUUCAAAAUCGGUAGUAACAACUUAAAAGUUGUAAUGGAGGUAGCAUUAUAACAUUUCAAACUCUUAAGACAUCUUAACACUAUAAACGUACAGGUAAGAGUGUUAUUUACUGAAAGGCAAUAAGUGGCCUCCGUGGAGGGGGUUAGCACGCCAGCGCGGAGCAAUGGCCCAGCAGCCUUUCACCAGUGCGGUCGCUGUGAGUGCAAGUCCGGAUCAUACUAUCUUCCUCUCCGACCAUACCAGGGAAGGUCUUCCAGCAAGCUGCGGAUGGUCAUGAAUUCCCCUCGAGCUCUGCUCGGUUUCCUCCCAACAUAAUGCUGGCAGCCGUCGUAUACAUGAAAUAGUCGGCGUAAAACAUUAAUCAACUAACUAAAUACAUAAAUAAAUCAAAGGCAAUAAUUUUAAAUAUUCUGGGCAAAUACAUAAAAUUUAAUUUGAUCAGCGAAUAUGGAUUUUUUUCCCAAAUAGAUCCGGUUCAGUAUCUUAACCAACCAUAUCUAUAAGAACUUGUUGAUUUGAAACUCCCGAAA